AUGAGGAGAAGCUGGACCGUUCAGGUAGAGGUGGAGGUGGAGAGCAUGGACAAGGCCGGCAACUUCAUCGGCUGGCUGCACAUCGACGGCGCCAACCUGUCCGUCUUGCUGGUGGAGCACGCACUCUCCAAGGUCCACUUCACCGCCGAGCGCAGCACCUACUACAAAUCCCUGCUGUCUGCCGAGGAGGCCGCCAAGCAGAAGAAGGAGAAGGUCUGGGCCCACUAUGAGGAGCAGCCCGUGGAGGAGGUGAUGCCCGUGCUGGAGGAGAAGGAGCGCUCGGCCAGCUACAAGCCGGUGUUUGUGACGGAGAUCACCGAUGACCUGCACUUCUAUGUGCAGGAUGUGGAGACAGGCACCCAACUGGAGAAGCUGAUGGAGAACAUGCGCAAUGAUAUUGCCAGCCACCCUCCCGUCGAGGGCUCCUAUGCCCCCCGCCGGGGUGAAUUCUGCAUCGCCAAAUUCGUAGACGGAGAAUGGUACCGUGCCCGAGUGGAGAAAGUUGAGUCUCCUGCCAAAGUACACGUCUUCUACAUCGACUACGGCAACAGGGAGAUCCUGCCGUCCACCCGCCUGGGCACCCUGCCACCUGCCUUCAGCACCCGCGUGCUACCAGCUCAAGCCACAGAGUAUGCCUUUGCCUUCAUCCAGGUGCCCCAAGAUGAGGAUGCUCGGACCGACGCGGUGGACAGUGUGGUGCGGGACAUCCAGAACACGCAGUGCCUGCUCAACGUGGAGCAUCUGAGUGCCGGCUGCCCGCACGUCACCCUGCAGUUCGCUGACUCCAAGGGGGAUGUGGGGCUGGGCUUGGUGAAGGAGGGGCUAGUCAUGGUGGAGGUGCGCAAGGAGAAGCAGUUCCAGAAAGUGAUCACAGAAUACCUGAACGCCCAGGAGUCAGCCAAGAGCGCCAGGCUGAACCUGUGGCGCUACGGAGACUUCCGAGCUGAUGACGCAGAUGAGUUUGGCUACAGCCGCUAA